UGCUUAAAACACUGGGUACAACUCAAUUCAAAACCCACAACACAAAACCCUAAAAACAGUGAAUGCCCCCUCAAUCUUGAUGCUAAAUCCCACACUUUCAAGAAUGAAAUCUCUCCUCUCUCCAUCUCUCUCCACUCUCUCCCCCAUUCUCUCCAACCCCAGAUCAUCUUUUCCCCCAAUUUCCCUCCCUUUGAUGCUCAAUUUCCCCAGUUUUUCCGCUCCCUUGAGCCCUAGCUUUUUACAUGAAAAGCCCUUGUUUUGCCAUAAUUCAAGCUCAAGUAAUGGUUUUUCUUUGAAUAAAGAGGGUUUUAAGGGACCCUCUGGGGAGAUUCAUGUGAUUCUGGGGCCUAUGUUUGCUGGGAAGACUACUACUCUGCUGCGUCGAGUCCGGGCUGAGAGUCUUGAUGGAAGACGAGUAGCAAUAAUAAAAUCAGACAAAGAUACAAGAUACGGCCUGGAGUCCAUAGUGACACACGACGGGGAGAAGUUUCCAUGCUGGCCAUUAUCACAUCUAUCUUCAUUCAAACAGAGGAUUGGCCCAGAUGUUUAUGACAAGCUAGAGGUGAUUGGAAUUGAUGAAGCUCAGUUUUUUGGAGACCUUUAUGAUUUUUGCAGUGAAGUUGCUGACUAUGAUGGGAAGACUGUGAUAGUUGCUGGCCUAGAUGGUGACUAUCUCAGGAGGAGAUUUGGUUCUUUACUUGAUAUAAUUCCUAUUGCCGACUCUGUGACCAAGUUAAAUGCGCGGUGUGAGCUUUGCGAUAAACGUGCUUUAUUCACAUUAAGAAAGACAGGGGAAACGAAAACAGAGCUUAUUGCUGGUGCUGAUGUGUACAUGCCCGUAUGUAGAAAACAUUAUGUGAGCGGACAGGUAGUAAAAGAGACAACACGGACCAUCUUGGAAAAGCAGAAGGAUCAGUGUGGCUCGCUAUUAUCAUAGCCCUUCUAUCUUCCCCAAGUCAUUCAGGUUUGCAGUCACCGUACUGCCUCUUUGCUGGUUUGGAAGUUCAGUUUUAGGAAACACCGUCGAGUUUGUAUAUAAUGAUUAUUGUUAUUUAUGUUGGUUUCGAUUACAAAAUAUUUAUAGUGUCGUGACUCAGAACAUGGUUUUGUAAAAGUGUCAAAACUAAUUAUGAGAUAUUUAUAGUGUCAGGAGUCAGGAGUCAUGAAAGGGUUUUGUAAAAGUGUCGAAAAGGUUGUGAGAUUAUCUAUUGUAGUAGCCACUAGCCACUCCUGAAAAUGGAGAAUUUGUUGAA